AUGUUGUGCCUGUGCCGGGUACUGUUGGCUGCGGUGGCUGUCUCAUGUACGUUAUCUCGAAUACACGCAAACGGUCCGAGCACACAGCGCUUAGACCGAAUAAAAGACUUGAUGUGCGUUCUAUUGUUGAGCGGAAUGCAAAAAGAUGACUUGGACGCGAACAUGUUGAAUAAACUCCAGCGACACAAUGUAAACAUACACGAUUUCAACAAUAAUUAUGAUAGACAUGAACAUAAAAAUAAAAACCACGAGGAUGAGAUAAAGUUUGUCGAUGGCCAGCCCGAAUUAAAGAGCGUUCUGAAUUUCUGGAAAGAUAUCAAAAUUGACAACACCAGUAAAACAACAGAAUCUCCAUUAAAAAUAAGCGCAGUGAAUGAAAAUUACAGACCAGAACAGAAGAAUAAAAGAAACGUUCCAGACGCUUCGAAUUCAAAUGAAUCAGAUGCCAUUCAAAAGUUAUUAGUAAAUUUUCUUUUGAAAAAUCAAAAUAAAAAUAAACCUGCAAAAAAGAUUCUUGACAGUGGAGACUAUAACGAUGUUUAUUUAUUGGGAACACGAAAUAACAAGAAAAAUACAGAAAACUAUAAGACUGCUGGAAUGCCACCUGUUGAAAUGGAACCUUUGAAAGUUAUGGCAAUGCCAAUAAAACAAUAUUCUCUAAUCAGCAACCCUAGCAAAAACGAUUGGCAACUUAAAAUACCCGAAGGAAAUUCAGACAGAGGCCAGAGCGAAACAAGACCAGUUAGUGCUAAUAUACUUAAUGCCUUUCAAUCGUAUUACCCAAUCAAAUCGAGGGAUAAAAGUGUUGAAAAUUCAAAUGUCAAUAACAAAGAAAUCGAGAACCUACACUUCAAUAAAUUUUCGGAUCGUGAACAAAGUUCUACUAUAGAAAAAUUUAUACGGCCUAAAAUGACAGAGCAAAAAAUAUCACAAAGUAUCAUUAAAGAAAUAGCAAAUAGCGUUAAGGAAUUAGUUUUAAAUGAUCUCAGAAAAGAAAUAUUUCAGACGACAGCGAGUUAUACUACGACAGAAAAACUUUAUAACACAAGGUUCAUUACGACAAAAAGAGGUAUGUUUCUUUUAUUUAUAGAAUUAAUAGCGCCAACAGUCAAAAUAGAAAACUCACACGUUGAACAAACGAUUUUAAACAAAUUUAUGGAUCUGUUUGAAGAAAUCAAAACUCUAAAUCACAAAACUUUAAUUAUAUCCGGCGAAAAUAAAAAGGAUAAUGUGUUAAAAGAGGAGGCAAUACAUUACACUUAUCCUGGAGUGGUACCAAUAAUAAAUAACCGUAUGGUAAACACCCAAAGCAACUACAAGACGAAACAGUACAUUGACUCAAAAUCAAAAAAGAUCUACAAUUUUUCUCAACAAAUGCAUAAAUUUAGAUCGAAUACUUCUGCAUCUAUAAUAGAAGCGCCCAAGAAAAGAGCACUGCCGAUCACUUUCCAAACUAACAAUAUGGAAAUUCCACCGUUGGGUAUACCGGUUGAUAAACCAGAGAAUCCAAUCAAUCAAAAUAUUAUAGUCACUACAAUGAGACCCUACAGAAUCGGCGAGUCUGGAGUUGACGAUGAGAAAAUAAUAUCUGAUUCAAGAAACAAUUAUAUUCCAAAAAUAUCAGAGAUUCGAAUUUUGAAAUCUCAUGAACCGACUCCUUAUGAUCUAAACCACCAGAACGGUAAAAUACUUACAAUAACCAACAGAGACACAGACAGAUUAUCUUUACAUCGAUACAAGCAGCCAGUACAUCGGGGUGAUGGCGUCAAACGUGGACCUAGACCGCGAUUUCAUGAAAAAUUAGAAAGAGAACGAGAUUAUUUCGAUAAUACAAAACAGAGAGAAUAUACAAAUAGAGUUGAUUGUUGUGAUGAAAGAUACGCUUAUUCGAAACAAAUGGUCGAUUGUUGCAAUCGUAAAAUAGCCUCCCGGCAACAGAUGUCGCUCAACCAUAUGAAGAAACUUUCGUCGUACGACGAUACACAUUUCAAUAAUUUCCUAAAGUCUCAAAAGAAAGUGACCGACAUGCUCGAAAGAAUAUUAGCGUCCAGAAGUAGAGUUCGCAGUGUAGAAACCGCUUAAUUUAUUUGUUUCAA